AUGGAGGCACUGAAAAUAUGGGGUCUGUCUUCAAAGCCAUUCGCUUUAAGACAUCUCCUUCACUUUGCCUCUUCCACCUCUUCCGUCACCACCACUAAACACUCUUAUUCCACUCUUGUCCUUCGCUGCUGCUCCUCCCCCACCACCACCACCACCACCACCACCACCAGACUUGCCGGCCGCAACCGCCGUAAGUCCUCCUCCUCCUCCUCCACUUCUGACCGUGAUGCCAUUCGUGCCCUUCGCUUGAAAAAGGUUGAAGAAUUGAGGAGCAAAGGACUUGAGCCCUAUGCCUACAACUGGGAUAGGACUCAUACUGCCAAUCAGCUGCAAGAGAUAUACAAGCAUUUAGAGAAUGGCGAAGAGUCGAAUAGUGAGAAUGAUCAAGUGUCCAUUGCUGGGAGAGUUGUUGCCCGUAGAGCUUUUGGAAAGCUUGCAUUUCUCACUCUUCGAGAUGACUCUGGGACAAUUCAGCUUUACUGUGAGAAGGAGAGGCUUCUGAAUGAUCAGUUUGAUCAGUUGAAAGCACAUGUUGAUAUUGGUGAUAUAUUGGGCGUGAGUGGCUCAAUGAAGCGCACAGAGAAAGGUGAGCUCUCUGUUUGCGUGAAUUCUUUCUCAAUUCUUACAAAAUCUCUGCUUCCACUGCCAGACAAAUAUCAUGGUCUAACUGAUGUAGAUAAGCGCUACCGUCAAAGGUAUGUUGAUAUGAUCUCAAAUCCUGAAGUUGCUGAUAUAUUCCGUAAAAGAGCAAGGAUUGUUUCAGAGGUUCGCAAGACAGUGGAAUCAUUAGGUUUUGUUGAAGUGGAGACUCCAGUUCUGCAGGGAGCAGCUGGUGGAGCAGAAGCUAGGCCAUUUGUGACAUAUCACAAUUCACUUGGAAGAGAUCUUUAUCUUAGAAUUGCAACUGAGCUUCACUUAAAGAGAAUGCUGGUUGGGGGAUUUGAAAAGGUAUAUGAGAUUGGCCGAAUUUUCAGAAAUGAGGGCCUUUCACCACGUCAUAAUCCUGAAUUUACGACCAUAGAGAUGUACGAAGCAUAUUCGGACUACCAGAGCAUGAUGAUCAUGGCAGAGGAAAUUGUUACUCAAUGUGCUCUUGCUGUUCAUGGCAAGCUUACGCUAGAUUACCAGGGUGUAGAGAUUUGUUUAGAGCGGCCCUGGAGAAGGGAAACCAUGCACAACCUUGUGAAAGAAGCCACUGCUAUUGAUUUCAAUGAGCUGGGUGAUGAUCUCAAAGUUGCUAAAGAUGUCACCUUGAGUACUCUUGGAUCUGGACUUGAAAGCAAAGACAAAUCUGCCAUUGCAGCUUGUUCUUCUGUUGGCCACCUCGUUAAUGAGCUUUUUGAAAUCAUUGUAGAGCCAAAGCUCCUGCAACCCACGUUUGUUUUGGACUAUCCUAUUGAAAUAUCUCCUCUAGCCAAGCCACACCGAAGGCACGCAGGCUUGACUGAGAGAUUUGAACUAUUCAUUUGCGGUCGUGAAAUGGCGAAUGCAUUUUCUGAGUUGACCGAUCCCAUGGAUCAGAGAGGACGCUUGGAAGAGCAAGUGAGACAGCAUAAUGAGAAGAGAGCUUCAUUUGCUUCAGAAGCAGAUGGAAGAAGCAAGAAAGACGAUGAUGAAUCGUAUGAAGUAACACUUGAUGAUGACUUCUUAACAGCUUUGGAAUAUGGAAUGCCUCCAGCUUCAGGAAUGGGACUUGGAAUUGACAGACUCGUGAUGCUUUUGACAAACUCUGCCAGCAUCCGAGAUGUUAUUGCUUUUCCCACCCUCAAGAUUCAGCAGUAG